UUUUUGUGUCUGUAUGUGUUGUGAUCGCGCUCGCUUUGAAAUGUGAGACCCUAACCACAUGCGCCACAGUAACCACCGCCGCUGUUGACCAAAUUAGAAAGUGCUUGUCAUGAAGUAAGCAACAAAAAGAAGAAAAAACGCGCCACAUAUCGCAGUAUGACUGAAUCGGAACCCGUUAGCUUGGAGUUCAUUGAGGAUCCCUAUUUGCCGGGCAUUGAUGACAUCACCACAACGCCAUCGCUUGACGAGCCACUAGCGUUGGAUCUAUGUCCCAGCGAGUUCGAUUGGUGCGAUGAAACAGACCAAUACCUGCGCAAUCUAACUCUCGACGAUAUAUUCUAUGAUGUGGACUCAGAUUAUGCCAACACGCUUGAGUUGCAAGUCGUCGAAACAGACUUUAUUGCAGCCAAGCUGGCAAAUCAGACGCCUUCCCCUUCGAUUUCAAAACGUUUUCGUUUAAAGUUCCUGGCAAAGCGCACAAUGCGCGAUAUUAAGGUCACGUUUAUAGAUUUCUCGAAACCCUAUCUGGCCAAAAUAUCAAAUAGUGAUAGCUAUAAGCGGUUCUUAAAAACUGGCCACGUCGAUAAAGAUAACACCGCCAACAUAUCGGAGCCGGCAUCUCCAGCAGCCUCUGUGGCAUCAGCAGAGAUUGCUGCCGAGUUUGCAGCACUUUCAGUAGAGGAAAAGGAGCAGCGGCGCGCCGAAUGGAGCCAGGAACUAGCUCGCGUGGAGGAGGAAAUAAAUACGCUGCGAACGGUUCUGGCCUCAAAGACACGUCAUGCAUCAGAUCUAAAGCGCAAAUUGGGCAUAACCGUCUGGAAGGAGUUAACAGAUGAUGUCAAUCAGGGCUUCAAGAAUGUUAAAGAGAGCACUGUUUUUCAAUCGGUGGAGCAAAGCGUGGGCACUUUAACUAAAGCCGUGCAUGAAGCACCCAUAUUCCAACGCACUGAAUCUGUGCUGAAGUCGACAGGUGAGAAGACCGCUUCGGUAUUUGGCAGUAUUACCAGCGGCAUUACGUCCAAAUUCUCACAAAUGAAAAACUCUGAAUCGAUGCGUUCGAUUGAAGAAAAGGUUGGCUCAGCCUAUGAGAAUGUUAAAGUAAGCUAUGAACACAACAAUUUUUUGUGCCAAUCUCAUGCGACAAAGGUGACAUCUCGAUCGGGUUCGGUUUCCAGUUUCCCAGACGCUCUGGAUGAAAACAACACAGACUUCGGACUGAAUUCACCCACAGACUCAGUUACUAAAUAAACUUAUGCACGAUAUGCGUCAAAUAAUCAAAUAAUAUUACACUAAUACACGACACUAAUACAUGCAUACAAUACACAAAUGCGUACAAGUAAUUAUUUAAUAUUUGUCGGUGCGCGCCUAACACCAAGAUCAGAAUUUUAUUACAAAUUAUGUGUGGUUUUUAUAUUAUCUGAAAAUUAACAACAAAUCUUUGUGCGUUUUGUUGGCAUUAAAAAUGAAUAUGAAUAUUUAUAAAUAUACGAAUAGCACUAUCUAAUAGCACUAUUUAAUGUGAACCCAUUGAUAAUUGAAGUGCAUAAAUUGUAUAAACAAUGUGGCAUUUCAGCAUUCUUUUUUACAGAAUUUAGUUCUAUGUUUUAUGUUAAAUCGUAAUAACAGAUAAAACAGCAAAGCGUUCUAAUGGUGUAAUCGCAUUCAAGGUAUAUUGUAUGUGCAUUAAGUGCUUGUCUUCAUUCCUAAGAUUUUCUUCAUCCAUGAACAUAAAAACGGAUUUAAAACCAUAA